AUGCCCUUCUGCGACCGCACAAAUGACUUUCAGCAAACUCUACACGAUAAAGAGCGCGCCUUGCCCGAUGCGAAGCGACGAAAGAUAACGAAACCCACGGAGACCAAGCCGCUGGGCAAGGAAUAUGUCACAGAGGCUUAUACCAUUCUGAACCACAUAAAUACCCUUACACGCAUGCUCUCCAACGUCCGGAGUCCCUACUUGAACGUGGACUCGCGGAGCUCCCCCCUUGCACGACAAGGCUCCCGUAACAUCGAUCUAAACCAAGCCGACACGCCCUGGACGUCCAUUCGACACCUUACAAACGAGGAGAGGGAGCAGAUAGACCUGCAGGCCCGGGUCAUCCUCACGCGUUGCUCGAGCAGGAUAAAGGAAAUGGAGGCUCUGGAAAAGCGCCGCGCGGAACUUGUGGCCAGCAGCGUUAAUCCUCUGGCGCGCUUUCUCCCCGCGCGAUUGAGGCAGGACGAAACGACGUUGACGUCCGAUGUCAUUGCGGCGCACCACGCAGGGAUGACCUGGUAUUUAACCCGGCGUCUAACGGAGGCCAGUCAGACGCAGAAGGAGAUGCAAGAAGAACGCGUCAAACGUCAAUUGGAGAGGACGAGGACGUUGGGGUCGAGCGCUGCGCGCGACAUGCCGCCUCCAGAGAGAAUUCAUAAAAGUGGAAGUUGGCUUGGAGGUAGUUUGCUUGCGGCGACGAUUGGCGCAUCGUCGUCUUCGUCGUACGAAUCGUCGCAGCCCACUAACGCGACCAACUCGACGUACGUCUCGGACGAAGAUGAGGACGAGGAGAUAGAACUCUCCGCAUCUCAAAUUCUGCAAUUUGAGGCGGAGAAUGCCAACAUCCUUCGGACAGUGCAAGACACGCUAGAGUCUGUGCAGCAAGCCGAGUCGCGGUUGAUGGAUAUCAGCGCCUUGCAAAUGGAACUUGUUUCCCAUCUGACGAGACAAACCGAGUUGACUGACCAGCUGUAUGAAGACGCGAUAGCGACGACAUCCACGGUGGAGAAAGGGAACGUGCAGCUGAAGGAAGCCAAAAGGCGGGCAAAGGAUGGUCGGCUUUUCAUCUUGGUCUUUCUAAUUGGGGCCAGUCUAAGUUUACUCUUCCUACAUUACUACUAA